AUGAUCAGCAAUCGCUCCCAAUCCAUUCCGAUUGACACAGUGCCAGUAGUAACCCAGUUGGCUAUAGAAUGUUUGACAGAGGACAGAGGAGAUGACCGUCGCCAGAGGAGGACCUGCUGCGGCUGUUUGGAGUCUAUAUUCAACUGGAUGCCGGUGAUCUUCAUAGUCUGCCUCAUAGUCUAUUCGUACUACGUAUAUGUGUGGCACUUGUGCCUGCAGAACAUGAGGAAUCACUCGGCUAUCGUCCUGGGUGUGGUCCUCUUCUGGUAUCACCUGCUGCUGCUGAUGUUCCUCUGGAGCUACUGGAGCAGCAUGUGGGCGAAGGUCAUGCCGAUUCCGGCUGAGUGGAGCAUACCCGACGCGGACUGGACGCGUCUGAUCAGAGCCAACGGCCUGGAGGAGAGGAGGCACAUUCUGAGCCACGUGGCUCGCAGAUUGCCCAUCACGAUGUGCGAUCAGAACGGCGUCGUGCGAUACUGUGGCCAGUGCCGGCUCAUCAAGCCGGAUCGGGCCCACCACUGCCGGAUCUGUCAGCGCUGCAUCCUCAAGAUGGACCACCACUGUCCCUGGGUGAACAACUGCGUGCACUUCCACAACUACAAGUUCUUCCUGCUGUUCCUCAUCUACGCCUCGGUCUACUGCCUGUACGUCCUAGUGACCCUGAUGCUCGAGCUCCACCAUGCCUGGGGUUUUGACUUUGACAACGUGGACCUGAACUCGGUGCAGACCAUGAUCCCAAUCGUCCUUGCCAUGAUUUUCACCGGCGCCACUGUGAUUAUGCUGGGCCUCCACAUCUACCUUUUGCUCUUGAACCGCACCACCAUGGAGUCGGCUCAUGCUCCUAUGUUCUGCGUUGGUGGCCGCACCAGGAAGGCCUUCAACCUGGGCUGCUGCACCAACCUGUGCGAGGUGUUCGGCGAUAGAUGGUACCUGUGGCCACUGCCCGUCUACAGCAGCCGCGGCGACGGCCUCACCUUUCCCCUACGGGAGGGCUCCAUUAGUUCUGCCAGUUCUGCUGAUUUCUAA